AUGUCUUGCAUCGUAUAUCUCUACUUGCCCACCUCCAUUCAGUGGACCCCCUCAGCUGGACUAAACACAGCACCGCGUCUGGGAGAUCAGGAUCAGACAGUGCAAACUCAUGGCUCUCGUGAAGACAUCAAAAAAAGGGAAAUCGUGCGAGAGGAGGACUUUGAUGAGCACGUUCGAAUCAACCCAAACCCAUUCAGUGACCCUAGAAAUAGAACCAUCCGUGUGGUUAGCAUCAUUGCAAAGCCAUUCCUCCAGUUUAAGGAGUCCGGUUAUGGUCGUGGGAGAGCCAGGCUCACCGGAAACGACCAAUUCGAGGGUUUCUGCGUGGACAUGCUGGAGGAAAUAGGCCGACUACUCGGCAUCCGUUACGAGAUUCACUUGGUCGGUGACAACAGUUAUGGAGAGAAAAAAUCUAUUAGUCCGCCCGAAACUGUCCAGGUUAUGAGUCUGAAUCCGAUCACAGGACAACCACGAAUUGAGCACAGAACUCGACGCCAUCAGAUCUGGAACGGGAUGAUCGGCGAAGUUGUGAAUGGUACUGCUGACAUGGCUGUGGCACCAGUGACCAUAAACCAUGCGCGAGCUCGAGUCGUCGAUUUCUCAGAGCCCUUUCUUACAUUCGGCAUUUCACUGAUCAUCAAAAAACCAGGCAAAAAGAAACCGGGAAUUUUUUCAUUUCUUCAUCCUCUCGCCUAUUCUGUAUGGCUGGCAAUUCUUGCAGCAUGUUUGGUGGUUAGUUGCGGCCUUUGGGUUAUCGCCAAGCUUAGUCCUCUUGAAUGGCGCUACCAGACCGAUCCAAACACAGACAGAGUCCGCUAUCAUCCUGUCUUCACCUACUUCAACUCUCUUUGGUUCUCAUUUGCUGCCUUUGUUCAACAAGUAAGCAAAGACAUUUUACCACUUUUAGUUCACUUCAGCGUUUUUAUUUAA